AUGGAGACAACUUACAAUGCGGACCUUGUCUUCUAUCCCGCGUUCUGUUUCAAGGUAUCCCCAACACACUUUGCCUGGGUGAAGAUGGCGGCGGCGGAUGUUCAACGACUGCGUAGACCGAGAAGCUAUAAUGGCCAAUCCAUAUUCUUCUACAAGAACCAUCCAAUCCGCUUCGUCUGCGUGGUGGGCGUUAUAAUCGCGCGAACAGACGUCACCAGACGCACCAUACUCACACUCGACGACAGCAGCGGCACCACGCUCGAGAUCUGCGUUCUCCACGCAGAUCCCAAGACGCGAGACAAUGCGCACGCUCAAAUGGAAACCAUGCACGAUCUGCCCAGCAUCCCCAACAUCAACGGGUCCUAUCAGUCUCCCAUUACAUCGGGUUCGGGACCCAGGUCCCUGACUCAAGUCCAAACGCACACCAUGCGACCAGAGCACGUCUCUGCAACAGACGGUACCAUCCUCGACAUUUCCUCUCUUCAACCGGGGAUGAGAGUGAAAGUCAAAGGCACGCUUUCUCAGUUUCGAUCCACGAUGCAGCUCAACUUGGAGCGGUUCACGCUGGUCCGCGAUACGAAUGCGGAAAUGCAAUUCGUGGAUCAGCGCUUGCGGUUCCUGGUCGAGGUACUUGCUGUGCCGUGGACGUUGUCGCCUGAAGAAAUUGCGCAGUGUAGGGCUGAUGCCGAGAGGGGAGAAGUCAAGGUCCUGAAGCAGAGAGAGCGAGCGGAACGGCGAGUGAAGAGGCAGGCUGAACGGGAAGCGAGGGAUUACUAUCACAUUCAGAAAAGGUAUGAACGGGAGGAACGGAAAAGGGCCAAGGAGGCGUUAUUGAGCAGGGAAGAUGGGGUCAAACUGAUGCGGGACAUUCAAUGGAGGAAGGCAUUGGCUUCGAAUGAUGCCGGGCAUUCUCGGUAG